GAACCCCCCUUGCUUCACCCAUAGCUACCGUUCAGCAAACGCUCAUUCCGGGCUGCAAGCCACCCAAAUUUGAGACACUCCAACUUCUCCGCCCUUCAUAGGGACCUCGAUCUCAAAAAUGGACCACAUGAAUCACAUGGAUAUGGGCACUUCAACCACCAUGGACAUGGCUGCUACUGGCACCGCGUCCUCAGCCGCCGCCGCAACCACCAGCGCCAUGUCGAUGAGCAUGGGCGCAGGCCACUCGUGCAAGAUUUCUAUGCUCUGGAACUGGAACACGGUCGACUCAUGCUUCCUUUCGAGCUCGUGGCACGUCACCAGCCGCGGCAUGUUUGCAGGCUCAUGCAUCGGCGUGCUUCUGCUUGUCAUGCUCCUCGAGUUUCUAAGAAGGGCUGUCAAGGAAUACGAUGCGCUGCUGGUGCGUAAGCACUCCGGCGCCAGUAACAGCUCAAAUGUUGGCGCCGCCGGCCCCGGUGUCCAGGAGGUAGGCUCGGAGAGCAAGGACCACGGCAUCAGCGUGCGCCCCGUUGGCAACAUCCCAUCUGGCCGCUUCCGACCCACCGUGCUCGAGCAGGUCGUUCGGGCCUUUCUCCACAUGUGCCAGUUCGCUGUGGCGUACUUUGUAAUGCUGCUAGCCAUGUACUACAACGGUUAUAUCAUAAUCUGCAUCUUUCUCGGCGCAUUUUUGGGCUCUUUUGUCUUUCACUACGAGUUCAUGGGGCAUGACGGCAACCAGACAAGCGCUUCUCGUGAGGCCACCGUGUGUUGUGGCUAGGCACGUUUUGCCAUGAUGGCCGUGGAAUUUCCGUGCGAUAUCAGUGGCUCGGCGGUAAUUGAAGUGUCUCGGAGACUCUUGUUUGGUAUCGGUUGCGACCAUAGGCAAGUGGUGGUCUCAGGCAGUACGACCCGAAUUUGGGUCCGGUCGCGGGUUGCGCAUUCCAACAAGGAUGUCAAUAGAAGACGAGAUACCUAGGAAAUUGAAAUUGCGAAAGUCAAGCUCUCUCGUGA